UUUAAUUUUAAUUCUCACAUAUGUAGGUAUAAAAUUUUGGUGAAAACACUUUUACCGACUAUGGAAUUAUAUUUGACAUCAGGGAAAGAUUUUGUAUUUCUACAGAAUGGAGCAGGAUGUUACACGUCUAAAACAACCCUAAAAUGGAUGGAAGAUUUCGGUUUCCCACUUUUGGAAUGGGUUUCUAGUAGUUCUGAUUUAUCACCAAUAGAAAUGUUGUGGCAUGAGAUCAAAAAGGUACUUCGAAAACAUCCUGCAAGAACAAUACCUCAACUUAAACAAAAACUUCAAGAUAUAUGGGAUUCGUUUACACCAGAAUUUUGCCAAGGCAUAGUUAAUACCAUGCCGCAAAGAAUUUCUGCUGUAAUAAAAAAUAAAGGCAACGUUACUCAAUGGUAA